AUGGAAUUGCCAACUAGAUUGGCUAUCAAAGGAGAACACAAAGUUUGUAAACUUCUCAAAAGCCUUUAUGGUUUAAAACAGGCCUCUAGACAAUGGUUUGCAAAACUGUGUACUGCUCUACUUGGUUAUGGUUUCACUCGAGGAAAUUCAGAUAAAUCUUUGUUCAUUAAGAAAUCUAAAUCCUCUUUUAUAGCACUCCUAGUAUAUGUCGAUGAUGUUUUACUAGCUAGUGACAGUUUACUAGAGAUUGACUUGCUCAAAAAUUUCUUACAUGACAAGUUCACAAUUAAAGAUUUGGGGGAACUCAAAUAUUUUCUUGGCUUAGAAGUAGCAAGGUCUAAAAAGGGCGUAUCACUCUAUCAAAGAAAGUAUGCCUUAGAUAUACUUCAAGACACUAGAAUUCUUGGUGCUAAACCUGCUACCUUCCCAAUGGAUUCGAAUCUUAAACUUACAGCAACAGAUUCUGAUCUCUAUGAAGAUCCUUCAGCCUAUAGAAGGAUGAUUGGAAGAUUAUUGUACCUAACAAUCACUAGACCCGAUCUUGUAUAUUCAGUUCAAGUUAUAAGUCAAUUCCUUGCCAAACUAGUUGUUAGUCAUUACCAAGAAGCUAUUAGACUUCUCAGAUAUCUAAAGGCUACACCUGGGCAACGUCUAUUCUUCUCCUCUUCAUCGAAAUUGCAGCAAAAGGUCUUCUCAAACAGUGACUGGGCAGGGUGUGUUGAUACUAGAAGGAGUGUAACAGGUUUUACCAUUUUCCUAAGCAACUCAUUGAUCUCAUGGAAAAGUAAAAAGCAGGCUACCAUUAGUAGAUCUUUUGCAGAAGCAGAAUAUAGAGCCCUUGCUACAACAACAUGUGAGAUCCAGUGGUUCUUUUUCGUCUUGCAAGACUUAAAUAUCAACCACCAAUAG